UUACCGUUCUUUGUCUUCUCCCAGAGAAAUUUGCCAGAAUUUUACCAGCUUUUUCAAAAAUAGUUCAAUUUUGUGAGUUGGCAAUGGUUUGGCUCUUAGUUCGUGGAGUUUUGCCACCUUUGUAUAUGAGUGUUACUAACCCCUACCCUGUAGAAGAUGAGAGCUUAAAUCAAGAUGGUUUAUUUCCUAUAACUGAACAGCAUUUAGCAUUAAUUGCAAAAAAAUACUAUAUCGAUCCUUAUCCAGGAAUAAAUGAUCUUUACAUAACCUUUUGGCGCCUCGAUUUGCAUGAUAUCUGGUGUCCUUCGGACAUUUAUGAUAAACAUAUUUCGUUUAUAGAAGCUGAUUUAAAACAAAUAACGUCAGAUCGUCGUUCGUCUACUGCUUCGCACCAAAGAAGACGAGCGUCGGAUGAUGUAACUAUACAAAAAGAGUUAAAUCUUUGCGUUCAAAGACUUAGUGAUUGGAAAACAGCAUUUGAAGCUGAAUCUGCAAUUUUAAAGACACAUCAAUCCAAAAUCAUUGAAUCACUGAAAGCCAAAAAAAACAAGUGGUUUCAACCAGAAUACGCUGGGCCUAAUGCUUUAGCAAAUUUUCUGCAACAUAUGCUAGCUCCUCGUAUUUUGAAUAGUCAAAAAGAUGCUCUUUACUGCGUUAAAUUUGUUUAUAUGCUAGUUGAAAUGGAUACUGAAGGCUUUGUUCUUAUGGAUUUUUUCAAUAAAUGGACAGGAAUGUUGACUCCUUUAGUCCGAUCGUGCAGUCUACAAGAGGCAGAUAGUUUAGGACUUUUUUUUAAUGAUAUGACUUCUAUAAUUAAUCAAUGGAUUAGAGAUCCUUCGUUUUUGGCGCAGUUUAUUAAGGAAAACCGUCAUUGCUAUGUUGGUUUAAUUACAAAAAAGUCAGUACCAUCUAAAGAAGCUGCAGACGACGUAUCUUCCAAUACCACAUCCCAAGCAUCCGAUGAAGAAGGCACUGUGUUAGAUUCGAGUGAUCUUUUAAAGAUUAUUGGAAAGUGGGAAAACCGUAUUUUUAGAGUUAUACAGCACGGUUUAUCGCUUACUGAAAGGGAAACGUCAUGGAUGUCGCAGAGAAUAGUGAUAAAAUUCUUAAAUACUACUCAUAAGAACUUCCCCAUUACAAAUAUUGCAGGAAAUCAAAUUCUCAGAGCCUUACCUGUUUUAAUAGAACGAGCCAAGGAAUCACGUUGGGAUGAUGUAGUUGCCAAUGCACGAGCACUUGAUAGAAAUUUAAGACUUGUAGAAUCUCGUUGGCUUAAAAGAAAAGAAGAAGAUUACGAUCAAGUGCAAAAAUUAAAUUUGCAAGGUCCGAAUGUUACUACAGUUCAAGAAACGGAGGAGAAACUAGACCUUAAAAAAAUAAAUAAUUUAUGUUCAGAUGGAAAAUCGUCUUUAAAUGCAGUUACUUCCACUAAUACGUCAACUUUUCAAAAUAGAAGCAACUUUUUAACACAAAAUAAUUCGUUCACUCAAAAAAGUGUGGCUACACCAUCAGCAAUUACAAAGGGUCCGAAAAAUCCAUUUCACGGUUCAUCCACUGUAGUUUCAGGAGCACGUGCAAAUGCUGUUGGCGGAGGCGAACCCACCUCCAAUGAAGUUUCUAAACGUGCAUUAAUUUCGCAUACUUCUCCGCAGCCGUUAACGCCAAAUCCUGAUUCUAAACGGCUCAAAGUCAAUCAAGAAGGGGCAUCCACCGUUCCUCACACAGAUGAGAAAUCGAACAACAAACAAGUGGCUUCAAUUCUGGAGAAGUCUACAAAAAGUUAUAGUUCUGGCACUCCAACUUCGAGUACGAUAUCAAACAAACAAGAGAUUCAAACAGAUGAAACAGACGGAAACGGUGGCACGCUAACACACUCAAAUGGUGCUUUUUCGUUACCUGAGACAGCGAAUAAACAUGAUAUCAGCAGUUUGACUUUAAAUCACUCCGUAGACGAAUCAAAGAAAAUAGUAGAAACUGAUCAAUCAAAUCGAAAACCGGUUGAUUCUAUAGCGUCGAAAAGUACAACAAACUUAGAAUCAGAAGAACGAAAAUUUGAAAAACAAAAAGAAAUCGAGGCAUUACGUCAACGAAUGAAAUCCCUUCACACGUAUCGCUCGAAAUCUGGAUCGGUUGACGGUUCUGGAGAGUACUUAGAUAGUGUCGAUACAAAGGAUUGUAAAACACCUGCUCACGACAUUUCCUCAAAGCACGUUUCCGCUCCGAACAAAGGAGAAAGUAUAGGUUUAGCUAGUAAAGUAGAAGAUGCAAACAGAAAACAAGACAAAGCGUCUGGGUGGUCGAAUAAGGAAGAGAGUAACACUCAGUUUCUAAAAACUAGCGUUAACAAUUCAAACGUCAUGUGGUCUUCUUCUUCUCAAGACGGAACCAAGUCAGAAAAAUCUAGCGUAUCGGUUUCUUACACAAAAGACGGAUCAGGCAAAACACUCACUAGUAGUCUCUCUUCAGAUACCAUACUAAAGAAAAAAAGAGUCAAUGAUGCGUUUCCGAAACGGGUGACUGAAACAAGAUGGUCGUUACCAAAAGAAUCUGCCUCUUUAGAAAAUAAAAAAGAUGCGAAUUGGAAUAUGUCUGGAGUAAUUGAUUUCGUCCCAAAUCGUGUUUUUAAUGGGUGUUCUCCACAGUCACGUGGUACAAACGAAAAGUUUAUAAGAGAAUCUUCUCGUACACCAAGACAUUCGGAAAAUUCUAAUUAUUCGAAUCGUCAGUCGACUUCUCGAUCUCGAGGAGUUGUCACCAAAAGACUACCCCCACCCCCGCCACCACCACCACCCCCUCCGGUAUCACUUGUUUUACCGAUUCAACUACGUCAUUUAGAAGGAACUCCAUCGAAAGAUGUAAGAAAUACUAUUUCAAAUCCAUGUUUACACGGUCGUGAGUACUGUGAUUUGAAACCGGGAUUAGAUACAUCGUUAUUACAAAAAUCUCAACCGAAUCCAUUACGGAAUUCUCAAUCAUGCGUGGCUGAUAAAAAGUCGAAUUCUCGUCUUGAAUCUCAUCAUGAUCAAGCACGAUAUAUAAACAGAUCCCUUGUAAGUAAAAAUAGCCAAGAUGGAAGUGGAAGAUGGCAUCAUAUAGAUUAUUCUUUUCCUCAACCUAACUCACCUACGUGGAAUGGCGUCUCACAUCAACGUGGAACAAGUGGAUGGUGUCGGAAUACGCUACCGUCAGGAUCAACUGAUUGGUCUAUAUACGAACGAUCCCACGGUCAAUCUAUAGCCCGUGAUGCGUCACGUGAUCAUCAGUCUUCACAAUCCUCUCUCCAUCAUAGUUAUAACCACCAUCCAAUUCUUUCUGACAGCGUCCAAUCGUUUUAUACCCAGCAAAAAAGUCCACCACUUUUCAAAAGACGUCAAGAUACUCGAUGUAUGAGCCUUGAACGCUAACCAUUAAUUUAGACCAUUAAUGCUUUGUAACUUUAUAGUGCACCUGAAUAAGAAAUGAAUAAUUUGAAUAGUUUUGUGCGUCGAGUUUAGUUAACAAAAUCGAUAAAAUGUAAAAAAAAAAAAAUAUGUGAAGAAAAGCAAAUUAUUGACUAGAGAACGGAAAUUCUUAACCUGAUACAGACUACGUUUUUCAUGAAUAAUUUGAGGGAGUAAUAAGAAAAACAUGACGUUAUCUCGUAACUUUUUCUGCUAGACGUGGUGAAAGUUUUUAUUUCACAAACUAAGGGAAUAACGUUAGUAACUUGUUAGUUUCGUUUUUCUUAGAUUAAUGUAACGUGAAGAACAACUUUUUUCCAAAUGAAUUUAUUUUUUAUUGUCAACUGUUUUUUUUUUUUUAAAUAAGUCUUUUUAUAAAACGCUUUAUAAACAU